CAAUGCCGUAGAUCAGUUUCUUUCAGUACAUGCUGGUGUACGAUGUACGAUGUGCACACUAUCAGCUUCCGCAAUUGUUUUCCUAUUGAGUUAGAAGCCGGUCAGUGAAAGGCUCAGUUGCUCAGUGAGAAAGUGCAGUUCCAGUAGACAAAUGGCCUUUUCCAAUGUUCUGCUACCGGUGUUGAUUUGUGCCGUCGUUGGGGCUCUCGAUUUCGAUGAUCAACUUCACGUGCAGUUUGAGCAACAGGACUGUACCAGCACAUUUGGAGAACCGGCUGAGCUGAUCUUGUGGAUAGAUGGAGUGACCAGCAGAAAUGCAACGGUGAAAUUCAACACUGUGGACGGAGUGAGUCAUGUGAACGUCACUCCGGCAGAUAUAUGGAUCAACGGGGAUGUGAUUUACACUCGCAGUCCAAUCAUACUGACAGCCACGGCGCUUCGCCAAGGAAGAUUCAUCGUCAAGGCCAACGUCGAACCGGAAGGAAUCGUUGAUGAUCGGCGACUGUUUGUACGGUUGAAGGUUGCCCUGAAUCAACCGUUGAUCUACAUAUCCCUGCUGGUGGGUUGGACUUACACCGCCUGCUGGUCUUCCGGCUACUACCCACAAAUAUUUCUCAACCAUCGCCGAAAGAAUGUCGUUGGACUGAGUUUCGAUUUCUUGCACAUCAACAUCGUUGGACACAUUUCCUAUGCCAUUUUCAACUCCUUCCUGUACUGGAACAAGUACAUAGAGCAAGAGUACUUCAACCGACAUCCGCAUGGAUUGAACCCGGUAAUUGGAAACGACGUGGGCUUUGCCGUCCACGCUUCAUUCGCUACCGGGUACACCAUUCUGCAGUGCUAUUGUUUUGAGAAUGGCGGAAAUACAGUUUCCCGUACGGCUAAGGUCAUCAUAGGGACCUACCUGACGAUCAUUGUAAUAUCGGCUAGUCAGGCUGUGUUCGGAGCCAUCCACUGGUUGGACUUUCUGUACAUACUGAGCUACAUCAAGCUGUCCACGACGUUGGUAAAGUACUUCCCUCAGGCGUACCUAAACUACCAAAGGCAAAGUACGGAAGGUUUUGCCAUUAUGAACCGACUGCUGGACAUUGCCGGUGGACUGUUUGGAAUUCUGCAGAUGGUAAUAAAUGCUUGGAAUUUUGAUGACUGGCAGUCAAUUUUGGGCGAUCCCGUAAAACUUGGACUAGGUGUAUUUUCUAUAUUAUUCGACAUAGUUUUCAUAGUUCAGCAUUACGUUUUAUACAGGAAACCAUCACAAACGGAGGCAGUUUACAAAACGGGAAAGCAAAUGGACCAGCACACGACUCAAUUUUAAUGGGUGUUCUGUUCAGAUACGACUCACGAUUCACAAUGGGAGCCAGAAAAAAUCCAUCCUUGAAAGACGUGUAAAGUUCAGUUUCACUUAUCUUAA